AUGGCGUACUACGAAGAUCGUCGCUACGCGCGCGACCGUCGUCCAGCCUCUGGCUACGCUGCAGACUAUUAUGAUGACCCGCCGCGGGGCUACUCGCGAUACGAAAGAGAGUCCUAUGCUCGCGCAAGCAACGACUCUGUCGAGGAAAUUCAGCGCGAGUAUCCCCCGGGUUCAGACUAUGUCUACGAGCGCGGCUAUGAUUCCAGGCGAUCGCGACGCCCCGUAUAUGAAAACGUGCGACGUUCGUCGUCAGUCAGCGGUUACGAUCCUUAUUACUCUCGUCCGAGACGGUCCAGGAAUUAUGACGAUCGCCGUGAGUUUUACCCUUGGUGGCGUGUGGCGUCCCUUCUCCGUCGCGUCAUAGACGCCGCAAGUCUCUCAGGCGAGACUGCCCUUGGUGCCCUCGGCCUCGGUGCCGCUGCUUCAUCAUCCAGACACUCGGACCGUGACCGAGACCACCGUGGCCGUGGCCGUUCUUCCUCCCGCCACGGUGGUCGAUCAUCUUAUUCGUCUUCGCGAUCUCGAUCUCGCAGUCGUGAUCGUGGUGGUCGCUCUGGUCGGAACCGUCAGCGCAGCGCGCAACGAAUUCAACAAGCAGCACGCGCCGCGCUUACCGCUGGUGCUGUGGAAGCCUUCCGAUCCCGCAAAGAUCCCGGCCCAUGGACCGGCGAAAAAGGGAAGCGCAUUCUCACUGCUGCUGUUACUGCUGCCGGCACUGAUGGUCUUGUCGACAAAGAUCCCAAAAAGCAUGGAACCCGACAUGUCAUUGAAUCUACCCUUGCAGGUCUUGCUACCUCUCACUUCAUCAAUGGGGGACGUUCCCAGUCUCGUGGUCGCGGUAGCAAUGGUCGCAGUCGUUCGUCCGGUGGUGCUCUGAAAGAUCUCGCCGCGACGGGCGCUUUGGCCGCUGCUGGAAAGGAGAUCUUUGAUCGGGUGUCACGUUCGCGAUCUCGGCCUCGCGGUCGCGGGUCGGAUGACAGUGACGAUGACCGUCGAGGAUCCAAGAGACGCAGCAAGAGUGUCUCAGACUACAUCAACAAGGGCAUGGCCGCCCUGGGCAUUGGAGAAGAAAGCAAAGAGCGUGAACGGAGCAGAGACCGUGACGAUCGUGAUUAUGAUCGUCGUAGGGAGCGGCGUUCUCGCCGUGACCCGCGGUACGACGAGUAUUCCGACUCGGACGCAGACAGUGACUAUCGCAGCAGGGCAUCCAGGGAUAGGCGAGGCAGAGGCUCGAGAGAUGUAGGUUCCUAUCGUUCUGUGAACGGUCGAAAUUCAAACCCCCAAGCACCCACCAGCGCACCACGCGGCGCGAACGACACACGCGCUCGAUCCGCCGAUGACGGGUGCGACUGCUCCGAGAGUGAUUCUGACUUAGGUGAUAGUUCUGAAGAGAAGAAGAAAGCGAAGAAGCUGAAGCGUGACAUGCUACUAACUUCGGGUCUGGCUACCGUCGCGACCAUUCACGCAGCCCAUGGAUUGUACGGUGGUGUACAGAAGAGGAAAAUGCGCCGGAAGGAACUGGAAGAGGGAAAGAUUACAGCCGAAGAGGCUCGCAAACGUCGCAUCAAAGCCAACACCAUGGAUGCCUUCAGUAUUGGCCUCGCAGCACUCGGUAUUAAGGGCGCCUAUGGAGAGUGGAAGGAAGUCAAUGAGAAACGCAAGGAAAACAGUCACUUCAAGCAUGAGUGCGCCGAGCGGGCCGCCAAACGUGAGAUGCGUCGCUCUCGCAGUCAAGGCCACGGGUCUGGCCGCAAUCGCUGGCCAGAUGAAAUUGAGUACCCUAAUUCUUCGGCUCACAACGGUUUCUCCUAUCACGAUGGCAAUCCGUAUGGAGCUACCUCGGAUGCUCCGCAGAUUGCCUACUAG